AUGGAGGAGGCGGCGCCGGAGCGCGCAAACUCCUCGUCGCCGGCGUCGACGCAUCAUGACCAGCGGCCGCAGAGCAAGGGCCUGCUGGAGCGGAUGCACAAGUGCCUCCUCCUGCUCGCCAUCCUCGCCGCCACCGUCACCUACAACGCCGGCCUCAGCCCGCCCGGCGGCGUCUGGGCCGACGACGCCGACGGCCACGUCGCCGGCGACCCCGUGCUCCAGGCGCACUACCCCGUGAGGUACAACAUGUUCUUCUUCUGCAACGCGACGGCGUUCGUGGCGUCGCUGAUGAUCACCAUGCUGCUGCUAAGCAGCACCUUCAGCUUCCACGGGUACAGGCUGCGGGCGCUGCAGGCGGCCAUGGCGCUGGACCUGCUCGGCCUCCUGGGCGCCUUCGCGGCGGGGAGCUGCCGGAACGUGAGGACGUCGGCCUUCGUGUUCGCCGUCGUGGCCGUCAUCGCCGCCUACCUCGUCGCCCACCUGCUGCUGCACUUCUUCAUCCACAGCAACCGGUGCCCCUCCGACCGCCACGAGGUGGUGGACCUUCUGAAUCUUCACCGGCUGUGCCCUUCCUGCUGCGUCGGCGCCGCCAAGGACGGCGCGCCGGCGGCGGCACAGGCGAGCACGGAAGUACCUGUGGUGUAG